UAUGGAGGUCAAGCAACAUUUUACAACAACGCAGUCAGUGAAGGUGCAUGUGGUGGAUAUACAUCACCAAGCGAUAAAAUUGUUGCUCUAAAUAUCGCUCAAUACGGUAAUCCAGGAGCGGUAUCCAAAUGGUGCGGUCAAAAAAUCUUGAUUACCUACGGAGGAAAAUCGGAAGUGGCAACCGUUGUAGACUGCUGCCCAUCAUGUGCUUAUGGAAGCUUGGAUAUGAGUAAAGGAUUAUUUGGCGCUUUUGCCAACUUUGGUGCAGGUGUUUUCCAGAUGUCAUGG